UUUACUUUAAAAGAAAACUUGUAAAGCUAAUGUGAGUGUGUACAAAACUGAACAUACUUUUUGAUAUAAUAAUGCGUUCAAAUAGUCAAAAUCACAUUAAAAGUCUACACUUUUUCACCUUACAAAAACCCGGAUACCUCUUGCAAAUCUUAGCAUCAUUGAGUGCUUCACUUAUUUUAAUUUCGGAAGGCAUGCAAUACGGUUGGUCAUCCCCCGUAAUGCCUAUCUUAGAAUCAAACAAUACUCCCGUCAAACUCAACGCAGAUGAUUCGGCUUGGCUAGAAACAACUUUCUUAUUAUCUGGACCUUUGGCAUUACUUGUAACACCAAUUUUAGUUGACAAAGUCGGUCGCCAUAAAACAAUUUUAUUAAUUUCUUGUAUGUCUAUAAUCGGUUGGAUUCUCAUCGGAGCUGCGACCCGUGUGCAAAUUUUAUACGUCGCAAGAUUUCUACUUGGUGUUGUUUCUGAUAUAAUGUAUACAACGGUACCGAUGUACAUUUCAGAAAUCGCCGAUAAAGAAAUUAGAGGUUUUCUAAAUGGAAUUCUUUACGUCAUGUUUUACUCUGGAUUCAUCAUAAUAUAUGCAGUAGCUCCAUUAACACCUUUUUAUGUACCUUCAAUAGUGUCCGCAGGCAUUUUAUUUUUACAAAUAAUCACGUUUUGGGUCAUGCCUGAAUCGCCCUAUUUUUUUGCAAAAAAUCAACGUUAUGAUAGUGCAAUGAAAUCUUUGAAAAGACUGCGCAUGAAAGACAACUGUAAUAUUGAAUUUGAAGAAAUUGUAAAAUUCACAAAAACAAGUGAAAUCAAAAGCAAUAUAAAAGAAACAAUUUUUAAGAAAAGUACUCUCAAAGUGUUUGCUUGGGUAACCAUACUGGUCACAGCGCAACAUUUUUGUGGCUUUACUAUUAUCACAAUGAAUAUAUACACAAUUCUCGAAGAAGCUGGUUCAAUAUAUCUCGAUUCAUACACGACAGAAAUAUUAUUUGCUUCGCUAAUGUUGGUAGCAAUGUGUGUUUUCUGCAAAGUGAUUGAUAAGUUUGGUCGAAAAAUGUUGUUGAUUUUGUCGUGUACCUUAACAGGAAUAAAUUUGCUAGGAUUAGCAAUUUAUUUCCAUGUUAAAAAUUUAGGAUAUCAUGUUGAUUAUUUUAGUUGGGUCCCUUUAGUGUUUAUUAUGUUUUAUGCUCUUACUUAUAAUAUUGGAUUGGGAAUGGUACCAAAAAUUUUAAUUUCCGAAUUAUAUUCUAUCAGAAUUAAAUCAAUUGGUAUGGCUCUUGGUGGUGGCACAUUUGAAUUAUCCGCUUCAUUGUCUAUACUUUUUUACAAAUAUAUCACAAGUGUUUGGGAAAUGCAUAUAUUCUUUUACAUUUUUACUGGGACUGCUUUCGCUACUGCUUUAUUUACUAUUUUGAUAAUUCCAGAGACUAAAGGAAAAUCAUUAGAAGAAAUUCAGGUUAUGUUAGAAGCGACAAAUGAAAAUACUUGAUAUUUAUAUCCAUAUACAGGCUGCGCCAGAACUCGCGCCCCAGAGAAAAUUUUCAAGGUAAGAUACCAGGAACAUGAAAAAAUGUUUAAAAAAUUCUAUCUG